AUGGAAGGUUCAGACGACGAGCAACAGUCAGUCUACACCGUGCUAGUCACCGGCGCAAACAGCGGUCUAGGCUUCUCGACCUGCUGCCGCCUCAUCGACGAAUUCCUCUUUACGCGCCCACAAACGCAAUCGCUCCACCUCCUCAUCACCACCCGCUCCGCCUCAAAAAACAAAGACACACAAUCGCGACUGCAGCAGCACCUGCAAAAGACACUCCACAAAGCCGACAAGAGCACCCCCGGCAUCUCCAAAGUUUUGGCCUCGCGCAUAGCCAUCUCAGGCGAACAAGUGGAUUUGUGCAACCUGCGCAGUGUCAAAGAGCUUGGAGAAAGAUUGGUGAACAAGGGACAAAGACUAGAUGUGCUUAUCUGCAAUGCGGGCAUCGGAGGGUGGAAGGGCUUGAACUGGCCUUCUGCCAUUUGGUCAAUGAUGACGGAUUGGAAACAUUCGUGCACGUAUCCAACCUACAAACUGGGCUUUGUGGGCAGCGUAGCGCCCCAAGGAAAUGAAGACAAGCAACAGCAGUUGGGAGAGGUUUUUACGGCGAAUGUGUUUGGGCAUUACUUGCUUGCUCAUUGGCUUGCGCCGCUGAUGAAGGCGGAUGUGUCAAACGACCCUGGCCGCAUCAUCUGGAUAUCGAGUAUCGAGGCUUAUGCGCAUGCUUUUGAUGCAGACGACUUGCAAGCGCUGACUUCAGAUGCGGCAUACGAGUCUUCGAAACGCCUCACUGAUUUGCUGGUCUUGACUUCUGAGUUGCCAUCUACUGCAACUUCCACCGCUGCCUUCCUCGACGAAAGCGAUGACGGCCAGAAACCGAAAAUGUACUUGGCACACCCGGGUGUUUGUGCGACGAGUAUUGCAGACUUGCCUUUGGUCUUGUGGUAUGCAAUGCUGUUUGCUCAAUACGUUGCUCGUUGGUUGGGUUCGCCCUGGCAUCCUGUCUCUUCAUAUCUGGGCGCUGUAUCCAGUGUGUGGCUAUCACUGGCACCCUUCUCCACCCUCUCCAACCAAGAAACCACUGAUGGAAAAGCAAAAUGGGCGAGUUCUACAGACGUGUUUGGCAAUGAACGCGUUGUAAGAACUGAAGUGGGUGGAUGGGGAUGGGGAGGCAAGGUAGGAGAGAAAGCGGAUGGAAAGAUGAGAUUGAGUGCAAAUAGGUGGAGAGGCCAAGAGGACGUCACUAAAGAGUCGAGAGAGGAGUUUGAAGUGUUAGGGCAGAGAGUCUGGAGGGAAAUGGAGGAUUUGAGGAGGACUUGGGAGAAGAGGUUGCGAGUUUAA